AUGGCGACUCCCAUCCUUAUCUCAUACGACCCCUCCUCCCCCACCUCCGACUCCGGACUCUCCCUCAAACAGAUCGCCUACUUCGGCCGCGUCCUAGUCAAGGUCUCGACUCUCGACCAGGCAGAGAAAUUUUUGCGUCAGAACUUCCGCACUCUCGAUGUCUUUGUCGACGCAACCGAGAUCACCUCUGCCGGCGAUCUCGUCGACAUCCUCAACGCCGGUGCCGCCAAGAUCUUGAUCACCCUGGACCAAUUGACCACUCUUUCCGAAGAACAAUCUGUGCCCUCAUCCCGUCUGCUCGUCAACGCCCAAUCAGACUCUCAGCUGGACACCCUCCAGCAAUGGAUCGCUGCCAAUGCCGAGCGCAGCGAAGCUAGCGUUUGCACCGCUUCCGCGACUGUCUCCGCCGCCGCCGACAAAUUAAAGAUCAGCUCCGAUUCACCACGCCUCUUCACAACGAUCACCGAUAACUCGGAGGAUGUCAUCACACAGGUGACACAACAGGGCGCGAUCGCCGUUGUGUCGUCGCAGGCUUUGACCGUUGAGCGCGAUGUGUCUGGCAAGAUCUCCGCUGCUAAGCUUAUUGCGUCGCGUGCGGUCACUGAUCAAGCUAAUGGCUUAUUCGCUACCUCUGUGACCGACGAGCGGGGCGCUUGUCUCGGUUUUGUUUGGAGCAGCGAUGAGAGCAUCGCCGAGGCCCUCCGCACUGGCACUGGCGUCUACCAGAGCCGCAAGCGCGGGCUCUGGUACAAGGGCCAGUCCAGUGGUGAUGUGCAGGAGCUGCUCCGUAUUGGCUUUGACUGUGAUGCGGAUUGCUUGGUCUUUGUGGUCAAGCAAAUUGGACGUGGCUUUUGCCACCUCGGUACUGAGACCUGCUUUGGCGCGUCUGCCGGUCUGUCUCGUCUACAGAAGACAUUGAAUGCCCGCAAGGCUGAUGCUCCCGCUGGGUCAUACACUGCUCGUUUGUUUAACGAGCCCAAGCUCAUCGAUGCCAAGAUUAUGGAGGAAGCCGAUGAACUCUGCCGUGCGCAGACCAAGGAGGAGAUUGCCUUCGAAGCUGCUGAUCUGUUCUAUUUCGCCCUGACCAAGUGCACUGCUGCUGGUGUUAGCCUCGAGGAUAUCGAGCGUAACCUUGACCUCAAGAGCUUGAAGGUGAAGCGGAGAAAGGGUGAUGCCAAGGGCCCAUGGGCUGAGAAGGCUGGCCUGACCAAGCCCGAGUCAAAGCCAGCUCCUGCUCCCGCCGCUGCCCCGGCUCCAGUUGAAGACCGUACAUCUCGAAUUGAGAUGAAGCGUGUCAUCACAGCUGAGACCGCCCCUAAGGUGGUUUCUGAUUACCUCAAGCGUCCUUCCCAGAAGUCCAACGACGCCAUUGUCGCCCUGGUCAAGCCAAUCAUCCAGGAUGUUCGUGACGGUGGCGACGCUGCAGUCCUCAAGUACACCCACAAGUUCGAGCACGCUACAUCACUCACCUCCCCCGUCAUCCACGCCCCCUUCCCCGCCGAACUUAUGAAGUUGACACCCGAUGUCCAGGAAGCAAUCGACAUCAGCAUUGGCAACAUCGACCGCUUCCACUCCGCACAGAAGGGAAGCAACGACACUCUCCAGAUGGAGACCAUGCCCGGUGUUGUUUGCUCCCGUUUCUCGCGCCCCAUCGAGCGCGUCGGUCUGUACAUCCCCGGUGGAACUGCAGUGCUCCCCUCCACCGCCAUGAUGCUGGGUGUUCCCGCCAUGGUGGCAGGCUGCAACAAGAUCAUCCUCGCCUCGCCUCCCCGCUCGGACGGCAGCAUCUCCCCGGAGAUUGUCUAUGUCGCCCACAAGGUCGGCGCCGAGAGCAUCGUUCUGGCCGGUGGCGCCCAAGCCGUGGCCGCCAUGGCCUACGGCACCGAGAGCAUCAGCAAGGUCGACAAGAUCCUGGGUCCUGGCAACCAGUUCGUGACAGCUGCCAAGAUGUUCGUCUCCAAUGAUACCUCCGCAGGCGUCAGCAUCGACAUGCCCGCCGGUCCUAGUGAAGUUCUCGUGAUCGCUGACAAGACCGCCAACCCGGCAUUUGUUGCCUCCGAUCUACUCAGUCAGGCCGAGCACGGCGUCGACUCCCAGGUCAUUCUCAUUGCUGUUGACCUCAGCGAGGCCGAGCUGAAAGCCAUCGAGGACGAGGUUGAUGCCCAGGCCAAGGCCCUGCCUCGCAUGGACAUUGUCCGCGGCUCCCUCGCACACUCUGUCACCUUUGUCGUUCGCGACAUCAACGAGGCCAUGGUCCUCAGCAAUGACUACGCUCCCGAGCAUCUGAUCUUGCAGGUCCAGAACCCCGAGUCUAUCGUCGAGCAGGUCCAGAAUGCAGGCAGUGUGUUCAUUGGCCCCUGGACCCCUGAGAGUGUUGGCGAUUACUCCGCUGGAGUGAACCACUCGCUGCCUACCUACGGCUACGCCAAGCAAUACUCUGGUGUCAACCUGGGCUCAUUCCUGAAGCACAUUACCAGCUCUAACCUUACUGCCGAUGGUCUCCUCGGUCUCGCCAAGACGGUCGAGACCCUUGCCGCUGUGGAGGGUCUGGAAGCUCACAAGCGUGCUGUGAGCAUCCGUGUUGCCCAGAUGAAGAAGAAUCAGUCAUAG